AUGGUCAUGCUGGACGGUCUCAACGGUUGCUUCAGUGGUCAGAGAGUGGAUAGAGACAGAGACAGAAUGUGACAUGUGUUUUGUGCUUGGACUGAAGAGAAGAUUGUUCACCAUGUAGUCCUCUCUCAUGACCUCCUACACCCUGAUACCUCGGUCCGGCUGGUCACCUACCCCCAUCUCCACCCAGAAGAUGGCUCUUCUAAAGUCACCGGUGGAUGUUGUCUUCUUCGCCUACACCAGGAAGAACUACGCCAAGUACGGGGGUAAAGACUCUCCUGGACCGGAACCGAACCACGAGGAAACAGUGGCUGAGCUCAAGUACAUAGCGAGAGGUGACAUGAUCAAGGUUCCAGACACGAGAUACAAUUUCCUCUUAGGCAACGACGGGUGUGUGUAUGAAGGCCGUGGAUGGAAAUACAGACCCUUCAUUCCAGUCAAGUAUGUUUCACUAAAAUACUACAGGAGCAUCUACAUAACUUUUCUGGGUGAUUUUAGUGAGGUUCCUCCUCCAGACUCCAUGUUCAAGAUGAGAGACGAUUUUCUCUUAGAUUCUGUCAGAAAAGGAAAUUUACGGAAGAAAUUUGUAAUUAUAACUUUUGCAACACCAUGGAACACUAGCCAUUCCUUAAGACAUUAAAAUACUUCUGGGUAAAACACUGAGCUUUACUACAGUAGGCUACGUAACUUAAAUCUAAGUUAUUGAAAUCAUUACAAAUUUAUACUUGAAAAAUAUAUAGUCUUAUUUGACUAUUGCCCUAUCAUACAGUUAAAGAUUAGUGAUGAUUAUGAUAGUAGAAAAGUUAACCAAUGUGAUGUUUUUUAUUUCAAACUUCAAAGUGUUUGAGUUGUAUGUUGUUCUAAUUAAAUGUU